GCGGCGCUGGGACAGGGCGCCCAACAUGUCGGCGCGGCUGGCGGCGCUCGGAGCGCGGGCGGCGGGGGGCGGCCAGCGGGCAACGGCCGUCGCCUGAGACCCAUCCUGCCCCCGGCCCAGCCCCACCCCGGCAGGCGCUGCCACUUGCUCGCGGCCAGGAGGGAUGUAAACCUAAUGUUCUAGAUCAGUUCUGGAGGAUUUGGCAGGUUACAGAUGCUGUAUGGUACUUUUGAUGGGUGCAUCUCGCUAAGUCACUCAGCUUGAACCUUCAGUUAUCGAGAGAGAGAUUCAAUAUUAAAUAAACAUGGGUGCAUUUUUGGAUAAACCAAAAACUGAGAAACAUAAUGCUCACGGUGCAGGGAAUGGUUUGCGUUAUGGCCUCAGCAGUAUGCAGGGAUGGAGAGUGGAAAUGGAAGAUGCUCACACAGCUGUUGUAGGUAUUCCCCAUGGUUUAGAGGACUGGUCCUUUUUUGCUGUCUAUGAUGGUCAUGCAGGAUCUCGUGUGGCAAAUUACUGCUCAUCACACUUAUUAGAACACAUCACUAACAAUGAAGAUUUUAGGGCAGCAGAAAAACCAGGAUCCGCUCUUGAGCCUUCAGUGGAAAAUGUCAAGAGUGGAAUCAGAACUGGCUUUUUGAAAAUUGAUGAGUAUAUGCGCAAUUUUUCAGACCUCAGAAAUGGAAUGGACAGAAGCGGAUCAACAGCUGUGGGAGUUAUGAUUUCACCUGAGCAUAUGUACUUUAUCAACUGUGGUGAUUCACGUGCUGUUCUCUUUAGGAAUGGACAAGUCUGUUUUUCAACACAGGAUCACAAACCUUGCAAUCCAAGGGAAAAGGAGCGAAUCCAGAAUGCAGGAGGCAGUGUAAUGAUUCAGCGUGUUAAUGGUUCGUUGGCAGUUUCUCGAGCUUUGGGGGACUAUGACUACAAAUGUGUUGAUGGCAAAGGCCCUACAGAACAACUGGUUUCUCCAGAGCCUGAGGUUUGUGAAAUUUUAAGGGCAGAAGAGGAUGAGUUCAUCAUCUUGGCUUGUGAUGGAAUUUGGGAUGUAAUGAGCAAUGAAGAGCUCUGUGAAUUUGUUAAGUCUAGGCUUGAAGUAUCAGAUGACCUGGAAAAAGUGUGCAAUUGGGUAGUGGAUACUUGUUUACAUAAGGGAAGUCGUGAUAACAUGAGUAUUGUGCUAGUUUGUUUUUCAAAUGCCCCUAAGGUCUCAGAUGAGGCAGUGAAAAAAGAUGCUGAGCUGGAUAAGCACUUGGAAUCACGGGUUGAAGAAAUUAUGGAGAAUUCAGGAGAGGAAGGAAUGCCUGACCUUGCUCAUGUAAUUCGCAUUUUAUCUGCGGAGAAUAUCCCAAAUUUACCACCAGGGGGUGGUCUAGCUGGCAAGCGUAAUAUUAUUGAAGCUGUGUAUAAUAGGCUGAAUCCACACAGAGAGAAUGAUGGGGGUGCUGGAGAUCUAGAAGAUCCGUGGUAGCCUUACAAAUCAACUAAAAUGCUUUUGAUUCUGAAAAAAAAUGGGGGAAAAACUUUUAAUCAGUUUUCUUCAAUACAAGGGAAAAAUUUUGGUGGAUUUCCAACAUUUUGUGAAAUGGGCAGAAAGAUAUUAGAAUUUUCCAUCAUUUGUUCACUUUUCUUUUGUUUUCUGAUAUUGCCACUCUUAGCAUUGCCUGUACUACAGUAUUUUUACCAGCCUCAGGCGUACCGAUUACAUCUGUAUUGAACUUCAGCCUUAAAAAGGAAGGAAAGAGUGAUUCUUUCAGCAGAUCAAUAUGUACCUGAGGUGCAUGGGAUUGUAGCUGUACUCUGAAGAGACAUUAUGGUUUAACUAAACUUACAGCAUAUAAGCAUGAAAGAGUACAAAUAAUUGUAUGAGACAUUUACUUACUUCACUUUACCGAGUUGGAAGGAUUUUGCAGCUCUGUGGCUUGGAAGUAACUUCAAGUGGGCAAUAUGCUAUAGAAUGUGUGUGGUUUCUUUUCUUUUUUUCUUUAUUUCCUUUUCCUUUUUUCUUUUAUUUUUCCAGUUUUACCUGUGUUACCAGACUGUUAGGUUUCCCUCCAGUGUCCAAAUUGUGAUAUGUUGCCUACUGCUUGCUUGCAGAUAAGUGUAUUUGGCAAUAAUAUAAGAAGAAUCUAGGCAUCUGAAAACAGUAAGAAUUUUACGCAUGUGUACAACACAUCCUUAAACUAUCGCUAGGAAAAAAUCUUUUAAAAACCAAACUGAUUAAUUUAUGGUUAGUUGCAAUUUGCUUUGACAUCACUCACUGCUGCAGGUUUUUUUUUAAAGAUGCUGAAUAUUUGCCUUUAUUAUAAUGUAAAUUGUGAUUUUGUUCUACAUGUGGUUUUCUAUAGUUUUCUGAUUUUUUUCAGCUUAAGAUACAGACAUAAGUCUUGUGUAAUAUGGGUAUAAUUUUUAAUUGUUUGCAUUAUUUUCAAAGCUCAAAUUAUCACUUUGAGAUUACUAUAAAUACAGUUAAAAUUAUCUAUUUUAAAUUAAGAAAAUAGAGAUAUUUUCAUGGGUUCAAUGACCUUUCAUUUUAUAAGCAUUGGGCAUGGUACAGAGUGGCUGUCAUGUAAGGUACUUGAAGAUUCUUAGUUUAAUUCUAUUUUUGCAAUAACCUUGAUUUUUUUUUUCCGACUUCUUUUGAGUUGUGCAUGUAAUGAAUCCAGUAAAUGCUGGAAAUGGAGAAGAGUAAAGUAUUUAUCUAAAAAAAAAAAAAAGCUAUUGGGGAGGGGAAACAAUGAAUGUAUCCAUCUGUACAUGAUUUACAUGCUGUGGAUGCCUUGUAAACAUUUUCCUAUUUGUUUAAACUGUGUUUCAGCGAGGAUACAAUUGCCCUUGUGUGUAGUUUAAGCUAAUGACAGUCAUCAGCUGGUUUUGUGUGAAAUGGAAUUCAUGGUAUUUUUCUGUAACUUUAUCCCCUUGGUGAGUCUGUAAACCCACACACACACUUACAUACUGGUGCCUAUGGCCAGCUUUCCCAGUCACUUUGAUUCAUUGUGUAUCUGAUUUCUUUUUGGUCUAGAAAGGAUUAUCGCCACAGAAUAUUUUAUUUAUUCAUUAGAUUUUAGCCUUGUAAGUUAAAGUGUUCUAAAUGAUGAUGUUAACAGGUAUUUGUCCCUUUUACUGGGUUUUUGAGGUUGUUAAAGAUAGGGAAUGAAGAAUGCAAAAUGGUUUAUUGUUCAGACUGUCUGCUCUGGUCCAACCCUGUACUGAUAGUACCUUCCCAGUAUGAUAUUGUGAUGUUUCAUACAAUACAGUGAACAUAACCAACUUGUUAUCUUCAAUAAAGGAUUGCUAAAACAGUG